AUGCCCCCGCCUCGGCCAAACCAUCCUUCAGACACCCGCGCCGCCGCCUCACAACAUGUCGGCCGCAGCCGCUGCCGGAACCGGGACGGUGUCCUGGGAACGAAUACGGACAGAACCAGGCACAAGGGGGCCGGCGGCGGCGUCUACUGUGACCGUUUAGCCCGAACGCAGAUCGUGGAAGCCGAAGCCACCCCAACGGUGGUCCCUCCAGAGGCCAGAGAAGGUUUACUGGAAGCCUCUCCCGAUACCCUUUGCGCUACCGGAAGCCUCGCCCCCACACGUUACCCUCCCCCCCCACUUCCAGACCAACUUCCGGGUGUGGCAGCCGCCCUUCCCCCACCCUGGCCGGCGGGAACCGCCCGUCUUCUCCGCCAGCAGCUUCCGCCUGCCGCAGUCCCGGCACGCGUUCUGGGAUCUCGCCCCUUCCCAGGGAUAGUGACCGGGCGAGCGCGCGCCUCGCGGUACCGAAGACACCCGAGGACGCGCCAGGGCUUCGGCACCAGACGCGGGUUGUGA